CACGGAACACUUUGAGAUCUGCAUAAGCAUUUUCUUAAAUGUCUGAAGCUGCAAACGUGAUUAUACAAACACUAUACACCGAUGGAAAGCUUAGAUUCUCAUGAAUCUGCCGGUAUAAAACACUUUCAGAUGUGAUUACCACAGCGGAUAAUAUAAACACAUUUGUCCGACAAACAACGAAUAUCCAUCCAUCCGUUCUCUAUACACGGCUUUAACGUACACAGCGCGACUCACAUUUGCGGGUUCAUUAUUACACACAGAUGAAAAUAUUCCACAAAAAACGUCCAUAAUCCAACCUUGGACAUCCAGACGAAACAAGCCAGUAAAAUAUUUUGUCCAAAACAUGUCUUGAAGUCGGUAUAUAAUCCACGAAUAGGUCGUUUUCGAGGAAAUGCACCUCGCGAUGCGCGUCCAAUAUUCCCUGUAUUUCUCGUCAUAUUUUUAUUUACAAAUAAAAUAUUAGCGAUUUUUUGUACUGAAAAUGGCUGGAAUUGACUGCACCUUAUAGGGCUACUGUUGCUGUUUUCAUCAUAUUAAAAUGUUCUCAACGUUACGUUGACGUCUCCAUGAACAGUUUUAUUAACUUGAUGUACAAUAUUAGAGUGACACAACACAUGUCAGUUGUUUACAUGAAACAACACAAACAUCACUGGCUUGAUGCUGCUUGGUUUGAAAUCUUAUUUAAAGUACACGUCUGUCUGGUGUUUCAGUUCCCUUAACUUCUUGUGGACUUAAUCAUGUUGUAGAUUUAUUGACCUCUAUGACGAAUUAGAAAUCACGUGAUUUUAUUUAUUCCUUUUCUGUUUGCUUGACUAACCAUCCAUGCCACACAGAAGAAAGAAAUCUUGAUUAUCUUUCAUUUCAAAAAGACAAACCUUUAAAUCAUUUUGUGCCAAUAAAGAUAACAUAAAUGUAAGCAGACAAAUUACAUUUUCAUCAUUUGGCAACCCUCUCUUAAUUUGUGGCUUCGUUUCCUGAACAUGAAAUGUUUAAAGGAUUUUAAAUGAUGGAGUCACUCUGUGAUGGUCAAAGGGAACUGAAAAGUUUCCGUCACACAUCAGAAAGUAGCUGAGUUGAAAGAAAUACUUCUCCUUAAACUAAACUGUCAGCUGACUGGUGACGUACAGUCUGAGGAAUAUCAGCCCUGAUCCAUGUAGAGAAAACACAAAAAUCCUGUAAAUCAACAUGUGGUUCUGUCACAGGUUGUUUCCAUGUGCCAUCUGUGGUUCCUUUGCUUUCAAAAUACCCUCCAAGGGAUUUCCCAGUGAGAAAAUGGGUGAACAAUAAAAACUCAAAAAAUGCAGAGAGCAGUCAGGGGACAUUCCUCUUCCUGUUGUGUGUCAGCAGCAGGUAGAGAAGGACGCUGAGGACAAACACAAGAACAUGAGACUAAGAUCCUGUUUGAACCUGUGACACACACCAUGGCCACCUCUCAGCAGUCCUUGUUCAAAUGCUGCAUUUGUCUUGACGACUUCACCGAGCCCGUCUCCACUCCCUGCGGACACAACUUUUGUCUAGUCUGUAUAAACAACUACUGGGACUCAUCGAACGCUAUCCAGUGUCCACUUUGCAAACAAACUUUCAGCAAAAGGCCACUGCUGAGGGUCAACGUCCUGCUCAGAGAUCUGAUCGGGCAAAAACAGACAAAAAGCUCACCGGAGGAGCCGAAACAAGCGCCAGAUAUUGUGUGCGAUCUGUGUGCCGGAGAGGAGAGGAAAGUGAAGGCAGCAAAGUCCUGUCUGCUCUGUGAGGAGUCUUUCUGCUCUGAACACGUGAAACCUCACCAAAAUGAUGAAAAGCUGAAGAGUCAUGAGCUGCUGGACCCUGUCAGCCGACUGAAGGACAGGCUCUGCAAGCAGCACAAAACUCCUCUGGAACUGGUUUGCCAGAGUGACCUGACUUGUGUGUGCGUGUUGUGCAUAAAAUCGAACCACAAAGACCAUCAGUGUGUCCCUCUGAAGAACCGCUUGGAAAAGAAAAAGGCCAAGGUGGACCAAGAACUCUCUGAACUGCAGCAGAAGAUCAAAGACAGAAAAAAGAUGUUGAAAGCGGUUGAUCAGUCAAAGGAGAUCAAUGAGGAGAACUCCAAAAGGGACAUUGCAGACAUCCUGACGAUCUUCAAUCACUUCAAAGAAGCAGUAAAAGAAAAUGAGUCACGACUUCUGACAGUGAUCACAGCGCUGUGUAGAAAAAAUGAAAGGCGCAGUGAGACUAUGAAAGAAAAUCUUCAUGAAGAAAUCUCUGAACUGGAGGAUAGAAAAGAUGAACUGGAUCAUCUCUCCCAGAUAAAAGAUGACCUCCGUCUUCUACAGAGACUGCAUUCUCUGAGUGAGCCACCGACUACCAAGGACUGGUCUGAGAUCAGCGUCUACAGCGAUUCAGCAGUGGGGACCGUGAGGAGUGGAGUCGGUAAAUUUGUCCUCGAAUUUCACAACAGGAUGCAAAAUGAGACGGAAAAAAUGGUUGCAAAAGAGAUAAAGAGAAUUAAACAAUAUGCAGUGGAUGUAACUUUGGACUCCAAUACAGCAAACGAACAACUCAUCGUCUCCAGUGAUGGGAAACAAGUGAAAAAUGAAGGUUCGCCUCAGAAAGUGCCGGACAACCCAGAGAGGUUUGACAUUCUGCUUGGUGUGCUGGGAAAAGAAGGCUACUCCUCUGGCGCCUUUUACUUUGAGGUGCAAGUGGAAGGGAUGACGUCGUGGGACAUUGGGGUUGCCUUGGAAACAGUGGACAGGAAAGGCCUGUAUCAAAUCGGUCUCAAUCAUGGCUAUGUCGUCCUGAUGCUGAGAGAUGGGAAGACCCUGAAAGCCUGUGACCAGAAUCACGUGGAGCUCAGUGCCCCCAAGACAAUCAAGAAGAUCGGGGUGUUUGUAGACCACGAGGAGGGAGAGGUUUGCUUUUAUGAUGUCGGGAUAAAAGCCCACAUCUACUCGUUCACUGGCUGCAAGUUUCCCAGGAAGAAACUGCUCCCAUAUCUGAACACCUGCAUGCACGUUGAUGGGAGUAACUUUCCGAUGGUGAUCACUCCAGUCAAGUAAAAGACCCAGAUCAUUUUCCCUCAGAUGACGGCACACUGUGUUUGUUUGUUUCGUUUCAUCAGCAGCACAGCAAACCCAAAUUAUCCGAGUGAGAGCAAUUAAUGUUGUUGUCCUUGUUGUGUUAGGGGCACAUAUAUAGUUUCCAGCCUGUACUGUUCAUGUCUGAAUGAUGCAUUCAGUGUGGAUGAGAAAACACAUUGAUUUGCAAGUUGAAGUAGACUGUGUUUGUUCAUAACUGAAACUGAAGUGAAGAUCAGAAUAUAUUUAAACACAGAUUUUACACAUAAGUGCAAUUCAUUCUCACUGGUUGAGUUACUCUUUCUUAGCACUGUACAACAUUUGGUGAGCUCAGGCUUUAUUAAAUGAUACCAGUGGUAUGGCAGCAUUAUAUGAUUAAUUUCUUCAUUUGUUUUGACUAGGCAGAACUGUUCUCUCUCACCUCUGAAAAUCAUCUGUGUAGGGUAUUUAAGUAAUACAGGCUGGUCUGCAAUUAUAUUGCACUUAAAUAAAAUACCUAUUCAUCAAC